AAGCCAAGAGGACGUUGUCUCACUUCCCUUGGGCCGCGUAGGCUUCGGAUUGCCUAGCAGAGGAACGCUCAUCCAGGCUCCCGCUGGAUGAGACCUGAGCUGUCCGUGCAGCCAGAAAAUCCAGGGUUUCGCACUGAGGGGGUCCAUGGCCCAGGAAAAAAGUUGGACAAGUAAAUGAUACACCUGUAGCAUCGUUCCCGCAGUUGUUCGCAUCCAGGUUGCUUGGCCCCAGACUUGUUUGCUGGCACUGUUUCAUCUUCCAGACCUCCAAAUUCAGUGGGACUUUCUCCCAGCUUCACUCACUCAGUAAUAAAUCCUGAUCCUCAAACUAAUUAGAAAGCUCCGCGAAGGAAUGAAGCAUGAAGCUCUACAUACAGUAUUUACUCAAUAAACAUUUGCCCAAAGAUGAGAAGGAAUUCUAUGAAGACGCCAUUAACCAAGAUAAUAGUGUUUGAUUUCACAGAGUAAAUUCUCUUUGAGAAGCUAAGUACAACUAAGGAUCCUGGACACUAUAAAACAAACACAAAAGACUCUGAAAAGUGAAGAGGAAAGCAGAAAAACCAGGGGACCUUGGGAGCCAAGGAAGGACACAAUGGUGACAUCCUUGGUUAUUCUUUUUUGCCUCAAAUACCUGAGACUUGAUUAAAGAAGCAGCAACCAAGAAAUAUCAAGGGUACAGACCAAACAAAUUGAAAAGCCUUAAAAAAAACCCUGCUCUCUCUAGCUAAAGUACCAAGAAAUGUGCAGCUGAGCAAGAUGGAAAUCACUUAAAUAAUAAACGUGCUACAUCGGAAAUUUACGGAUAUCCAAAAAUGAUUGAGAUUGAACAGGCAGAGGCUCAGCUCUCUGAGUUAGACCUGCUAGCCAGUAUGUUCCCUGGUGAGAACGAGCUCAUAGUGAAUGACCAGCUGGCUUUAGCGGAACUGAAAGAUUGUAUUGAAAAGAGGACGACUGAGGGACGAUCUUCGAAAGUUUACUUUACUAUCAAUGUGAAACUAGAUGUAUCUGAGGAAACAACGGUGAUGUUUUCUCUGGCCUGUAUUCUUCCCUUUCAAUACCCCGAAGUUCUGCCUGAAAUUACUGUCAGAUCAGUAUCACUAAGUAGAUCCCAGCAGACUCAGCUGAACGCAGAUCUGACUGCAUACCUGCAAAAGAAUUGUCUUGGAGAUGUCUGUAUAUUGAAUGCCACAGAGUGGGUUAGAGAACAUGCUUCUGGCUAUAUGAGCAGAGACCCCAUGCCUUCCCCUGCUCCAGGAAGUACAUUCCAUCCAGUUGAUCUGAUUUUCACAAGACUGUGGAUCUAUAGCCAUCAUAUCUACAACAAGUGUAAAAGAAAGAAUAUUCUAGAGUGGGCAAAGGAGCUUUCCCUAUCAGGAUUUAGCAUGCCUGGGAAACCUGGUGUUGUUUGUGUGGAAGGUCCACAAAGUGCCUGUGAAGAAUUCUGGUCAAGACUCAGAAAAUUAAACUGGAAGAGAAUUUUAAUUCGCCAUCGAGAAGACAUUCCUUUUGAUGGUACAAAUGACAAAAUAGAAAGACAAAGAAAAUUUUCAAGUUUUGAAGAAAAAGUGUUCAGUGUUAAUGGAGCCAGAGGAAACCACAUGGACUUUGGUCAGCUGUAUCAGUUUUUAAACACCAAAGGAUGUGCGGAUGUUUUCCAGAUGUUCUUUGGUGUGGAAGGACAAUGACUGGCAGAGGAAUAGUGAAAGUUUUUGUCACUGUUGGCCUUUUGAUUUUUUGCCCCAGUCUUUCUUGAAAGAAGAAGUAAUUUGGGGCAUCCAGGUGGCUGAGUCGGUGAAGCAUCUGACUUUGACUCAGGCCAUGAUCUCCAGUUUCUGGGAUCUGGCAUGCCACUCAGCAGGAAGCCUGCUUCUCUCUGCCCCUCCCCCUGCUUGUGUGCUCUUUUUCAAUCUCUCUCUCAAACGAAUAAAUAAAAUCUUUACUAAAUAAAUAAAUUCUAAAAAUAAAAAUGGAUUUAAGUAAAAGAUAUCAAAAGAGAGAAGAGCAAGUUAGAUGGUCCUGCCUGUACUAUAUACUUUGAAAAAGACAAUAAAAGCUGUAAGAGGGGUACCUGAAUGCCUGAGUGGCUCAGUUGGUUAAGCAUCCAACCCUUGGUUGUGGCUCAGGUCGUGGUUUCAUAGUGGUAGGAUUGGGUCAGAGUUGGGCUCUGAGUUCUGAAGCGAAUCUGCUUGGGAUUUCCUUUCUCUCAAAUAAAUAAAUCUUAAAAAAAAAAAAAAAAAAA